UGAUAUUAUAAACACGGAUCAGUGUGUAACCUAAAAUAUAAAAGUAUAUAAAUAUAUUAUACAUACAUACGGAUAAAGUAAAUAAAAAUUAUAAGUAGAUAUCAUAAUUUUAUAUAAAUUUUGCCAAUAUAAUUAUAAAUGGAGAGAAACUAGGUUGCUAGGUACCUACAUCGAUAACAUUAUAAAAUAUAUAACGUCACGUCAACCAUAGAUAAAAAUAUCACUGAACGUCAACGUAAUGCCGAUUUGGAACUUCGAAGUUCGAACAUUUCUUUUUGCAAACAUUUGAAGGCUUUGGCAUCGGACACAAUUUAAACUAUUUUUCAUUAAUUUUGCGAAGUAUAAAAAAUAUACCACCCUAGAAUAUGGCUCGACGCUACCGAGAUGCAGCAGCAAAAUUGCAGCAAAACGUGCAAAAACAUUUGGAUGUGAUGAAGGACCUAUCUUCUUCAGAAGAUGAGGAACCUUUCGAGUCUUCGGUUAUUGAAGGAGUGUUCCAAAGCUACUGGAGAGGUGGCGGUGACACGCAUUUACUAAAUCGGACGAAAAAUCUGCUGGAAGAGGCGAUUAGUGGCCGACCAAUAACAUGUCUGAUUUGCAUAGGAAGUAUUAAAAGAUCGGAUGCAAUAUGGACUUGUGACCAUUGCCACUGUUAUUUCCAUCUGUCCUGUAUCCAAAAAUGGUCGAAUGACAGCAUAAGUUUAAGACUUGAGGACCCUCAAUCGCCUAUUUCGGUGUUUAAACCCAAGAAAAUCGAUUGGUGCUGCCCGAAAUGCCGGCAUUCGUAUUCUAAGGAGGAAAUACCUCGUAAGUACCGUUGCUUUUGUGGAAAAACUGAUGAUCCACCUGUGCAUCCUUGGUUGAUACCACAUUCUUGUGGAGAAGUCUGUGAAAAGAGGUUGUCUGAAGGAGAUAAUUGUAAACAUAAGUGUUUGCUCCUCUGCCACCCCGGGCCAUGUCCCCCAUGCCCUCAAACUGUUAAUGGAGUGUGUUAUUGUGAGAAAGAACGGAAAAAAGUUAGAUGCAGUGCUGCUAAAUGGUCUUGUGGACAACAAUGUAAGAAGACAUUGCUCUGUAACUCGCAUAGAUGUGAGAUCAUCUGUCAUGAAGGAGAUUGCCCCCCUUGUACGUACACAAGUGAGCAGUUGUGCCAAUGUGGCUCUGAGAAGGUUAAGAGGCCAUGCGAUGACCCUGUUUGGCAUUGCAGGAAACCAUGCAACAAACCUUAUUCUUGUGGCUUUCAUAAGUGUGAAACAGUGUGUCACCUGGGGCCCUGUGGGUCAUGUCCCAAUACAGGGACUCGCUCCUGCCCAUGUGGAGCUAACCAGCGCUUUGUGCAAUGCCCGGAUGUUAUGGAAACCUGUUUAGGAACUUGUAAUAAAAAGCAUGAAGGUUGUGAACAUAAUUGUCCAGAAAAAUGUCAUAAGGGACCGUGCCCACCUUGCCAAGUUUUGAUUCUAAAGAAAUGUCUAUGUUCAGCACAUGUUCGCUGUCUACCAUGUAGUAAAGAUUAUAAAUGUGAAACCAAAUGCAGAGGCACCAGACCCUGUGGUAAGCAUGCUUGUGGGAGGAAAUGCUGUAAUGGUAACUGCCCUCCUUGCGAAAAAAUAUGUGAUAAGCCUCUGCAGUGUGGUCGUCAUAAAUGCACCAUGGUCUGCCAUCGUGGUCCAUGCUACCCUUGCCCACUUGAAUCCAAAGUUACUUGUAGGUGUAAAGAAACAUACAUAACAGUGCCAUGUGGUAGAGAAAAACAUACAAAACCACCAAAAUGCAGUCUUUUAUGUAAAAUUAAAUACAAGUGUGGACAUAUGGAUGAGAAUAAGCAUGGUUGCCAUUUCGGGGACUGUCCUCCGUGCAAGGCUGUAUGUUUCAAAAUGUAUCCGAAAUGUGGUCACGAAUGCAAAGCAACUUGCCAUGAAUUCGUAGCUGUGGUCUUCAAGCAAGUUGCGAAGCCAGCAACACCAUGGGAAAUUGAGCCUCCAAAAACCAAAAUAAUGGCUUUGGACUGUCCUCCGUGUGAGACACCCGUUUCUCUCGUCUGCUUUGGAGAACAUGAGACUGAGCAGCAGCCGUGCCAUUCAGCCAAGCGCCGAUGCUGUGGCCGGCAAUGUGGACGUCCACUAGCUUGCAGCAAUCAUGUUUGCUCCUUACUCUGUCAUCUAUAUUCACACAAUCCUAAUUAUCCAAAUGUGCCUUACAGUUGCAAGCCUUGUGAUAAAGAAUGCCUUGUACCCCGCCCAGCAAAAUGCGCACACAAAUGUUACAAAAAGCAAUGUCACCCAGCACCUUGCCCACCGUGUGAGAUACUAGAAAGGAUUGCAUGUCAUUGCGGAGUUACUGAAUUAUAUUUACGUUGCAAAGAACUUAGUGAUGCUACUGAAGAAAUGUUGUCAUGUAAGCAGCAGUGUCCUAAAAAUUUGAAAUGUGGCCACAGAUGCCGUAAUAACUGUCAUUCUGGUGAGUGUGGUGUUGGACAGACGUGCAUGAAGAAGACAAAAGUUAACUGUGCUUGUGGAAAUUUGAGGAAAGAAUUCCCUUGCAAUGUGGUCAAGAGUGGAAAGGCAAAGUUGGACUGUGAUGAAACAUGUGAAGCGAAAAAGGUUGCAAUGAAACUAGAGAAAGAGAAGGAAAUGUUGAGACAGAAAGAAAUACAAGAAGAACAGAACCGUAGAGAAUUGGCAGAGUAUGAGUGGAAGUUGAGUGGGAAAAAGAAGAAGUAUAAGGAGAAAAAAGUUGUUGCUAAUGUGGACAAUCGAAAUUUUGUACAAAAGUAUGGUAUUUUGAUUUUGACCAUGGCAGUUGGUGUUUCAGGGAUUGCAUAUUUUUUAUUUUGUAUGGAGAAAGAUUUGAUCUUGUCCGAUUGAUCCUUAGAACUGAUCCCACAGUAGUAUGGUAGUAUGCCACGACUGGCACAACCUACAACAAAUUUAUUUAAAUAAGUAGAUUUAAAAAUUACAUUUGUAGUUAAAUUACCUACAUAAGUAAUCAGAUUACAUGCAAUCUGAUUACAAUAUUUAUGAUGUGAUAUGUAUGGGAUGAUGAAUAAUUUAGUUAUAAGAUUUUUACUUUUGUAUAACCUCAAGGAAUUUUACAUACAAUUUUUUUAGUCCAAGAAAUGAUAUUAAAUAAUCAAAGUUAGAGUUUGCGCCACGACACGAAAGUAGUUCCGCCCCGCUUCAAUUUAUCGGCCACGUUGUUGUUAGCGAUUGUAUUGCCAGAACUUAGAAACUUACGUAAGCGUAAUAUAAGUUUGUAAGUAAUUA